AUGGGCCCCUAUACCGCCUCCUCAUGCUGCUGCCAGGCCCGUAAUCUGCCAUGGGCCCCCGUACCGACUCCUCAUGCUGCUGCCAGGCCCGUAAUCUGUCAUGGGCCCCUGUACCGCCUCCUCAUGCUGCUGCUGCCAGGUCCAGAGUGUGUCAUGGGUCCCUGUACGGCCUCCCAUUGCUGCUGUCUCUAUCGCCAACUCUGCCAUGUGCCACUUUCAGGUCUCCUCACACUGCUGGUGGUUUCCAUUUUUGUCAUAGGGUGCUGUAUGGCCUCCCAUUGCUGCUGCCUCCACCGCCACACUGUGGCUCCACACUCUGGUUUUGGCCCCGUGACUGCCCAAAUGAGUGAAGUGUGCGGUGAUUCUAAGAUCGACGGCACUCAUCUGCAUGUCAUACUGACUGACAGUAUUAUUUCUCUUCCCCAGCAGACUCCAAGGGCAUUUAAAUUAAAGGUACAGUGUUCUGCACUAAUAUUA